AUCCGGCCCUAUACGCUAUAUCUAACCACCACUAUCUCUUUCCCCAAAACCCUAGCUCCCGCCUGCAACUUGAUCACACAACAAUGGCGGCCGCUAGACCUCUCGUCACCAUCCAACCCCUCGACUCCGACAUGCCCACAGACACCACCCUCCCCCUCCCCUCCGUCAUGAAAUCCUCCAUCCGUCCAGACAUCGUCAACUUCGUCCACUCCAACAUUAGCAAAAACUCCCGCCAACCCUACGCCGUUUCCCGCAAAGCCGGCCACCAGACCUCCGCCGAGUCUUGGGGCACCGGCCGCGCCGUCUCCCGUAUCCCACGCGUCCCGGGCGGCGGGACCCACCGCGCCGGCCAGGGCGCGUUCGGCAACAUGUGCCGUGGUGGGCGCAUGUUUGCGCCUACCAGAAUCUGGCGCAGGUGGCAUAGAAAAAUUAAUGUUAACCAGAAACGAUACGCUGUCGUUUCGGCUAUUGCCGCGUCUGCUGUCCCCUCGCUUGUGAUGGCGCGUGGGCACCGAAUCGACACGGUGCCCGAGAUUCCGUUAGUUGUUAACGAUACCGUUGAAGCUAUUGAAAAAACUAAGAAUGCGGUUCACGUGUUGAAACAGAUUGGAGCGUAUUCGGAUGCCGAAAAGGCGAAGGAAUCGGUUGGGAUUCGAGUCGGAAAGGGGAAGAUGAGAAACAGGCGAUAUAUUAACCGAAAAGGACCGUUGAUUGUGUAUGGGAACGAAGGUGUUAAGUUAGUUAAGGCGUUUAGGAAUAUACCUGGAGUGGAUAUUUGCAAUGUGGAGAGGUUGAAUUUGUUGAAGUUAGCGCCCGGUGGGCAUGUCGGGCGGUUUGUGAUAUGGACGAAAUCUGCGUUUGAGAAGUUGGAUGCGAUUUACGGGGCGGUUGAUAAGGUUAGUGAGAAGAAGAAGGGGUAUGUGUUGCCUAGAGCGAAGAUGGAGAAUGCGGAUUUGGCGAGGAUUGUUAAUUCGGAUGAGGUGCAGUCGGUGGUUAAGCCGGUUAAGAAGGAGGUUAAGAGGGCGACGAUGAAGAAGAAUCCGUUGAAGAAUUUGAAUACUAUGUUGAGGUUGAAUCCGUAUGCCAAGACUGCGAAAAGGAUGGCGGUUUUGGCUGAGGAACAGAGGAAGGUAGCGAAGAAGGAGAAGCUUGAUAGCAAGAGGAAACCGAUUUCGAAGGAGGAGUCUGCUAAGAUCAAGGCUGCUAGCAAAUCUUGGUACAAGACUAUGAUUUCUGAUAGUGAUUAUGCUGAGUUUGAUGUCUUCACUAAAUGGCUUGGUGUUUCACAGUAAUUUUUCUUUUUUCUUUUUUACUUUCUUAUGUGUUGCACAAUAUGCUUGUUUUUUGUUAAAAUUUUAUUUAUUGAAGGCAUCAUUUAUGGUUUAUUUGGAUCUUUAUGAGUUAUUUUGUA